AUAUAAAAUGAACAUUGUUGUAAGGUUUUUGUCAUUCCAAUCUUCACCAGCGUCUAAAUAUAUGGAUUUAACCAUGUUUUUGACGUUGUUUGUUUUUGCUUUGCUUUCUACUCAAAUCAUUGAUGGUUUCACUGUUGAACUCAUCCACCCUAAUUCUCAUUCAAACCCUUAUCGCAACCCUUCCAACAAUCGGUUUGAUUGGAUCCGAAAGGCGUAUAACAACAGUCGAUCACGCGCCGCCUCUAUCCAGAGUCGAUUCGGAAUCGAUGGUUCUUCAAAAUUCAAGACUAACAUAAAACCCUUGGAUGGAGGAUACGCGAUGAGGUACUCAAUUGGUACGCCGCCAUUUGAAACCUAUGGUCUUGUCGAUACUGGCAGUGACGUCACCUGGACUCAAUGCGAACCAUGCAUCGAUUGCUUCCCACAAAGCUUACCCAUAUUUGAUCCAAAGCAUAGCAAAUCAUACAAGACAGUCAUGUGCAACAAUUCGGAUACCACCUGCUCUCUCGAUUACGAAUUUCACUGUUCCAACGACAACAUUUGCCAGUAUCAGCUGCCCUACAACGACUAUUCCUAUACUUUCGGCGACGUUGCUACCGAUACUCUCACCAUCGGUGAUGCUUCAUUCAAGAACGUUGUGCUGGGGUGCGGCCACCGAAAUAAAGCUAUGUUCUCGAAUAGCACUGCCUCUGGCAUUGUUGGUCUCGGCUACUCCAACGUCUCGAUAAUCAAGCAGUUGCGUAAAGAAAUCAGUGGAAAAUUUGCUUACUGCCUAUCUCCUCAAUCUGAUUCCAAAAGCUAUAUAAGUUUCGGCAUGGACGCCAUAGUUAAGGGUCCUGAUGUCGUUUCAAUUCCCGUCGUCACAUCCUCUAUAGACCCAUAUUACUGGCUCGUCUUAGAAAGCAUGAGCGUCGGCGACAAAAGUUUCCCGAUCCGGCCACCUCCCCUUCAAUCCUACGGCAACACUAUAAUUGAUUCAGGGACGACAGUGACAAUCAUCCCGUUAUAUGUGUUCGAUAGUAUGAAAUUGGAAUUGAUGAAUCAGAUCCAUGAGACUCCGAUAGACGAUCCUCAAGGCUUUUUCGGGUUAUGCUUCUCAAGUGUACAAAUUAAAGCGCCGAAAAUUGUAGCACAUUUCGUGGGAGGCGAUGUAGAGUUGUCACCUCGGGGAUUAUUCGAAGAAGUAGAAGAAGGUAUCUCUUGUCUCACAAUAGUUCCAAAUUAUUUGCAGGGUAUAUACGUCUUCGGUUCUCAGUCCCAGGUAGACUACCUUGUUGGAUUUGAUUUGGAAAAGAAUGCACUCACCUUCAAGUCUGCUGAUUGCUCCAAAUUUUAGGCAUUUCAAUUGCUUUUGUGUAAUAAGUUUAUAACAUCAUUUUAAUUAAGAGCAGUAAUGUUGCGCUAUAUUAUAAUACUGGUAAUGUAAAAUUAAUGCAUAAGUGAAAUAAUAGCAAAAUGGCUUUAUUCUAA